AUGUCAGCCAAAGCAAUCAAAUACGCAAAGGACUUUGUCAGCUUUGUCAACGCUUCACCCACUCCCUACCAUGUGGUGGACACAGUGAAGAAGGAACUGGUUGCCUCCGGGUUCAAGGAACUGUCAGAGAAGAAAAUAUGGGCUGGCCAGAUGAAGAAGGGUGGCAAGUACUUUGUCACCCGUAAUGGCUCCUCGAUAAUCGCCUUCACCGUUGGUGGAGCAUGGACCCCGGGUAAUGGUAUCUCCAUCAUUGGAGCACACACCGACUCUCCUACUCUGAGAAUAAAGCCCAUUUCGACCUCUAACAAGGAGGGAUUUCAACAAAUUGGAGUUGAAACUUAUGGGGGAGGAAUAUGGCAUACAUGGUUCGACAGAGAUUUGAGUGUUGCUGGAAGAGUGUUCAUCUACGAUGAGGCCUCCGGCAAGUUCAUCUCCAAGCUGGUGAACAUCAACAAGCCGAUUCUGAGAAUUCCCACUUUAGCUAUCCAUUUGACCAAAGAGAGAUACGUCAAGUUUGAGUUUAACAAGGAGACCCAGUUCAAGCCAAUCGCGGGUCUUACAGAUUCGACUGCCUCAGGCUGUUGUGACAGCGAGCCUCUGUCGGAGAGCGAGUUCAACUCAAUUCAAAAUAUUGUGAGCAGACACAACAAGGAGCUGUUAUCUUUGAUUUCAGCGGAGCUCUCAGUUGAAACUUCCCAAAUUCAGGAUUUCGAAUUAGUUCUCUACGACAAUCAGAAGUCCACCCUUGGAGGUCUCAAUGACGAGUUUAUCUUUUCUCCAAGACUGGACAACCAGGUGUCUUGUUUUUGUGCAACUCAUGGUUUGGUGAACUCAGUUGAUGAUUUGGCAUCUCAGACAGGUAUCCAGCUGAUUUCCCUCUUUGACCACGAGGAAAUUGGAUCUCUUUCAGCCCAGGGUGCUGAUUCGUCAUUCUUACCAGAUAUUCUCUCUAGAAUCACCAGAUUGACCGGAAAUGAGACUUCUUCCAGUGAACUGCAAUCAGAAUCGUAUUUCCUGCAAUCUAUGGCAAAAUCUUUUCUCAUCUCGUCUGAUAUGGCCCAUGGUGUCCAUCCAAACUACAGUGAAGUCUACGACUCCUUGAAUAAGCCUUCCAUCAACAAAGGUCCUGUGUUGAAGGUUAAUUCGAACCAACGUUAUGUCACGAACUCGGUGGGAAUAGUCCUGUUGAAGAAGCUAGGUGAAAUUGCCAAAGUGCCAUUACAGCUGUUUGUGGUCAGGAACGAUUCACCUUGUGGUUCCACCAUUGGUCCAAUGCUGAGUGCCAAAUUGGGAAUCAAGACUUUGGAUUUGGGUAAUCCUCAGUUGUCAAUGCACUCGAUCAGAGAGACUGGAGGGACUUAUGAUGUUGAGAAACUAGUUACCUUAUUUGAGACUUACUUUGAGCAUUACUCUGAUCUCGAGAGCAGAAUUCUGGUUGAUGCUGUUGAUGCGGAAUAG